ACUAAAAAAAAGAAGAAUGUUGAUCAUAACCUUAAAAUGUUAGAAAUAUUGAAAUUAAAUUAGAAUAUAAAAUAAUUAUUGUAAAUAUAGUGAGUGUUGUAAUUUAUUAAUAAGUAUUAAAAUGAAUUGUAUAAUUCCCGGUCCAAAUUUAAAAGUAUUUUCAAAAGCACUUCACGCACUGGCAAAAAUUGGAGAUGACUUGUAUGUUGAAGCAACUAAGGAACGAUUAUGUCUCGUUACUUUAAAUCUACGAAAAACUGUGUGUGUUCGACUCCAUCUGCUAGAAAUAUUCUUCUCGAAUUAUGAGAUUGAUGAUAACCAGUUAGGUGACAAAACACAAACAGUAUCAUGUAAAAUUCAUAUGAAAACGUUGUUGCCUUUGUUUAAAGGGCACAACUUAGAUAAAAAGCUAGACUAUGUAAAAAUUGAAUAUGAAAACAACAACGAUUUUAUAAUAUUCAAAAUGAAAUACAAAUGUGACGACAUAUUGAUGACACAUAAUCUUCGUUUGAUGGAAUCAGAAACGUUAACCAUAGACAUUUCAUCCGAGUCAGGUUGCAAUACUAUCGUAACGACCAGCACAUUUUACAAUCAGCUUCUAAAUAUGUUCAGUAAUAGUGACGAUGAAAUCUUGUUUGAAGUUACCAAAAGCCAAGCGAUUAUUAGGAAUUAUUAUGUAGGUGCCCCUGUUCGACCAAAGUCUGUAAGAAGUCAAGUAAGCCCAAAUGGAUCAGAAUUCACAAUAUUCCAAAUAGACCAAGAAACAACGAUAAAUUUUUCGUUGAAACCAUUUCGAACUGCUAUACAGUUUGCGGAGGGAUUCAAUUUGAACAUUAGCCUUAACUUUGAAACAGGGGGAAGGCCUCUUUCUGUGGUGAUGAAAAACCCAACCUUCGAAAUGAAUUUUCUAAUAGCUACACUAAAUCCUUACAACGACAACCAAAGUACAAUCGCGACAUCUAUACCAGCAAGAAUAACACAAGCAAACAGUGAAGGGGUUAAUGAUAUAACCAUGGACGAUCAAGAAGCACUACUCAAUGAAAAUUGGGACGAUUUCAGCAUCGAUACAAAUAAAACAUCCAAAUCAUCAGAUAAGAAGAGGAGUAAGAAGACAUUUAGUUUUCGUGAAGUAUUAGAAAAGGAUAAGACGAAAAGCGGCAGCAUUAACAGCGAUGAAAACUGUGAUAACAAUCAUAACUCACCAAUGGAUGUAGAUGAUGAUGUUGUGCAGAGAUCUCCUGAAUCACCUACGAGGAAAAAAGCUAAGCUAGUGUUUGGAAAGUGUUUCGAAUCAACAUUCUCAAGGGAUAAUCUCGGUAGUGUGUUAGCACCCAACUCAGACUCAGAAUAGAGUGUAACUACUCAAAAAACUGUUAUUUCUUCAUCAGUUUAUUUGUUAUAGAAUAUUAGUGAGAUGUGACCUUCUUCAUAGAGAUUAGGUUAAUAAUUUAUUUUAUAAAUAUUCCAAAUAAUUCUGGACUGAACAUUAUACAGUAUGUCCCUGUAAGUUGUAUCCAUAUGGAAAACUUUUUUAUUAUUAAUUUUACGAAAAAAGUAAUUAUUUAUAAAAAGUUCUGCAUGGUCCAAAACCCAAGAUUCAACCAUCAGAUAUCAAAUUUUAUGAAUGUUUACGAGGUAUGUCAAAAAGUUUGAAUUUCACUCAAGAGUAGCUUUAUUUUUGAGAAUGUUGAAAAUUGCUAUUAUAAAAAGUUGUUUGGAAUUAAAAACUAUAUUCUAAUAUGCAAUUAAGUACAUCCUUUAUUAUUUUCUAUAUUUAAUAUUAUUUUCAGUUAUUUCAAUUCUGAUAAAUCUUUUAUUAUUAAUUUUACGAAAAAAAGUGAUUCUAAAACCUAAAAUACAAUCAUCUUAUAUCAAAUUUAUACGAGGUAUGUCAAAAAAAUAUUUCAAUUAGAAGGAUGUAAUUAAUACUGAAACAUAGUUUUUAAUUCUAAAUAACUUUUCAUAAUAACGAUUUUCGAUAUUGUGAAAAAUAAAUGUAUUUUACUCUUGAGCGAAAUUCAUAUUUUUUGACAUAUUUCGUAUAAAAUUGAUAACAUUUGACAUAAGAUGGUUGUAUUUUAGGUUUUAGACCAUUUUAGGUUUUAUUAAAAAUCACUUUUUUUGGUAAAAUUAAUAAUGAAAGAGUUAUCUGAAUUGAAAUAACUGAAAAUAAUGUUAGUUAUCCACUUUUUUUCAAAAAAAAAUUUUCAAUUAGAAGGAUGUAAUUGCAUACUAGAAUAUAGUUUUUAUUUCCAAACAAAUUUUCAGAAUAGCAAUUUUCAAUAUUGUGAAAAAUGUACUUUAGUCUUGAGUGAAAUUCAAACUUUUUGACAUACCUCGUAUAAUAUUCAUAAAAUUGGAUAUUUGAUGGUUAAAUCUUAGGUUUUGGGCCAUGCAGAGCUUUUUAUGAAGAAUAAUUUUUGUUCAUAAAAUUAAUAAUAAAAAAGUUUUCUAUAUGGAUACAACUUACAGGGACAUACUGUAGUAUGUAGGCACUUUUUCUUCUUUCGAAGUUCUUGAUCAUUAUGACUAUGGUUCAUUCCACCAACAUACGCCUGUUUUGGAUUAUCGCAAUAACGAAUAUUUCAGUGUGCAACAUAAGAAGUACGAAAGUAAAUGGCUCUAAUAAUUAUUCCAUUAAACAGUAAUGUAAUUUGCAAUUUAUUUUCGUUCUUCAUAUUUUGCACAAUAAAAUAUUCGUUGUCGAAAUAAUCCAACACACGCGUAUAUUCGUGGAAUAGGGUAUAUUUGUAUUCUGUUUACAGCUUCUUAGAAAAGCAAUUAAACCACCCCCUGAAAUUGCACUGCCAUGAUAUUCAUUGCCUUCCAACGCUAUGCUUUUCUAAAAUCUUUCCCUGCGUGAUAUUCUGACGAAGCUGUUAUUUUGUUACUCUCAUGUGGCCAAGGUAUUGUAGGCACUCAUUUGACAUAUUUUCAAUAUCAUAUACUUCUCUAAGUGGUUACAGUUUAAUGUUGGUCUUAAGCUAUUUUGUUUAAAAUAGCCUUUUCAGAUCAUUUACAUUGAAAUUUUGGCCACACUGCAAGUUCUCUAUAAUAUUUUACUCCUUUCGUUGAUCUUCCAAUAAGCUUCUCUGUUUUGUCUUUUAAUUAAUGCCAAAUAAUUACUGUUUUGAGGUUCAUUCUUAUUUUCAACAAUCUUCUCCAAAAUUAAAGAAAAUCUCUAUUUGUUUUAUUUUUAGUCAAGUGGUGUCACUUGUGGAAAGAAGUUGAUGAAUAUUUUUAAGUGUAAAAAUGUAUAUAAACGAUCAGCUAGGUUUAAUUUGAAUUAAGCCUUUUAUUCGUAGUAAAAAUGUCAAGUAAUUUAUAUUUUGUAAAUAUAUAUUUUUUAUCAUAUAAA